AUGGAUGCGUAUCCAUCCGACUACGUACAACACAACUUGCCCUUCAUACUUCUCUCUGGCCUAGGAAGCAGCAAAGAGCUUGAUUCUCCGCCUCCUGUGCAGAAUGUGCUGCCGGGUCGGGCUGUUACCACUGUUAGCCCAGAAACGCCGCCGGUGACAGGCGAUCGCGCAGAGGAGCUACUCCGGGAGUUCCUGAGCGCUGAUGGCACCAAUGCCCCUUGGAAUGGGAGGGCAUCUGGUCAAAAGGGCAUCACACAUGGCCUCAGAAUACGGGCUGUAGGGAGGAACUUUCAACUACCUCCAAGGAAGGCCGAUGCGCCCACGGCGUCCACAACAAGCCCGAUAGGCAGCCCUGACAUCGCAGCAGCGACAUCGUGGAUCCUGCACUCGCCCAUAUCCCCGCUCUCACCAGCCUCGCCAACCUUUCCCGACGGCAUCAUCGCGCCUUCCUGGGUUGCAAAACACCAGCACUACGUACCCGCCGUGUACAUAUCCUUCUUCAACUUCACCACCGACCCCAUUACCAACAGCCUGCAUGACAACCAACUGAAGACGGACAUCAACAAAGUCAAGGGUCAAAUACAAAAGUCGGAAUACCGCACACGCCAUGUGGUCGUGCUACUUAGCAACAAGACUAUACUAGAGUCGCCUGAUAUUGAAGAGCGCCUGGCUGUCAUACGGCGAGCUACCGGCCUAGAUCCGAAGAACUCUUUUUUCUUUCUGCCCCCGAAUACAUCCCCAGUGGAACUCAGAGCCUUUGUAAUAUCGGUGCUGUCGAUACUGCAACCCAUAUGUGUCGAGUACUACAGGGAUCUCACCAAGCAUGCCAGGAGGAAAAAAGGCCGGGGCACCAUCCCUCCGCCGACAUCUCCGCCAACAUGGGGCACAUCUCAAACAUUGUCCUACCCUGGCUGGGCCCUCCGAUAUGACUUCAAACUAGGUAUCUUUGCAGAGUUUCGCCAGGAAAUGGACGCGGCGCAACGGCACUACAACUCUGCUCUUGAAGCCCUGUUCGGCCUUGAAGGCAUGUUCGAAACGACAGCAAGCUGGUCGCCUAGAUGGGACGAGAUGCGAUUACUGGCGGAUAUCAUCGCUCUUCGACAUAUUCGAUGUCAACUAUGGAAUGGCUACCCUACCUCUGCUGCCCAAACUUGGUUACGAUACAAGAUCAGACUAAGAGACGUGCUUGACCGUCGAGGGAAGGGAACAACAAAUUACGGAUGGCAAGCCUGGGAGGCACGGUGGGCUCAGGUUAUGGCGCAGGUCAUUCAGCGAACCGAUCUACCAGUCUUUAGCAUAUCACAACCAGUUGUAGACACAGACCCUCUAUCGGACACAGUGAUUUCCAUCUUUUCGCCGCCCGAGAAACAGUUCCCCGUCGGUGAGAAGCUACCGCCGUGGGAGUUGCUACACCAUGCCGGCUAUUGGCACAAAGUAUCGGCCGAUCAUGCAAAGAGGCGAUAUAUCCUUGCGCGAGAGAUGCCCGAAGAAGACCGAACACCGCCAGGUAUGUCGCCUGCUACCAAGGUGUCGAACCGGAACCAAAUGUACGAUCAAUACCUGGUCCCACAACCACACGAAGAGUUUCCCGUUCCUGGGACGGGCGGUGGAUUCGAGCACUGGAAAGAUAUUUCGGCAAAGAUGAAUGCGGCAAUAUCCGAGUUCAAGGCUCGGGGACAGCAUCGGAAGGUCGAUCAACUACAAUUAGAGGUGGCUAGAACAUUAUUGCAUGUCAAGAGAUUUGAUGAUGCCUUCAAAGUACUACGACCACUUUGGGAAACAAUGAGCUGGAGAAAGGAAGGCUGGUGGAGCCUUGCAUCUGAAGUGCUAUGGGCUCUGCAUGAAUGCGCACUGCGCGUUCAAAACCGAGAGACCUACGUCGCGACGGAGUGGGAGUUGUACAGUCAAACUAUUCCCGGCAAAACGAAGUACAGAUACGAUCUCAUGGCAUGCUUAGACACGUUUCCCGCAGAUGCUUCCGCCGACAAAGUGAGCGUCAGUUUGGAUACCAAGGCCCACAUGUCUUGCUUAUCCGUAACUUUUGCCUUCUCAGAGGCUGAGGGCAAUGUGGGCGAACCGUUACGUUCGCAGAUUGUAAUCACUUCGAAUGCUCGACAAGGCUCAGCUCCCAUUACCUUAUCUUCUCUAUCCUACCGGUUCAAGGGCGGCUUGAGCGAAGUACGACUGACACAUGCCGCGGUCGAAGACGCUUCUGGAAGCGGCUCGAAACUACUCGAAUGUAGUCUGCACGAGAACAUUUCAUCAACGGAGAAGCCGCAGUGGAUCGGGGUGUCUGAUUUAACAAUACAUUCCGGGCAAACUAAGGUGUACAACUUCCCACUUAUUUUCCGCGAAGCAGGGGACAUAGAUGCCAUUGCAUGCAUUUUCGAGGUUAACACCGAGCGCUAUAAUCUUGUUUGCUCGGAUUCAGACCUUCAAACAAUGCCUUCUCCGACAUGGUGGAUCACUUCCAACGCGGAAGUCAAGCCUCGGAAGCUGAAACGAAGCUCUGGAAUUUCGAUACAUAUCCUACCAAAGCCACCAAAGAUGGAAAUCAGGCUACCAGAUGUACAAAGCCAGUACUAUACCGAUGAGCCCGUGGUCCUAGCAAUAGAAAUUCAGAACCAGGAAGAGGAAGACACAGAAGCUGUUCUGGAAAUUCGAUUUCUCGGGCGCUCGAAGGAUACGCUCGGCUACUCAUGGGUCGAGCGCCCUGCCUCUUCACCAAUGAAAGAAAUGCCGCCAUUACUUGAUGGCUCCACAGACGUCGACCUUCCAGGCCAUGUGGUAGGUAAGCUCAUCCAGGGCGCAAAGACGACGGAGAGGAUACGGUUCACGGCGCCGCCAGAUCCAGCAGACUACGCUCUAGAAGUGAAGGUUUUAUACCACCUCCUCAGUGACCGCGACAUCCCAAUUUCGAAAAUCAUGAUUGCCGAUCUCGUGUUUAAUGCACCUUUCGAAGCGAGUUAUGAUCUGAACGCCAGGGUUCAUGCACGUCAAUGGCCAAGCUAUUUCGAGCUGCAGGAGGCUGAAAGCAACGUCGAUCCUGAGUCAACCGAUGCUUUUGGUAUUGCACAGAAUUGGGGUUUGCGAGCAAAGGUUGCAUCUUUUGCCGACGAGCAGCUCGUAGUUAAAGACCUUGCCGUUGAAGUCCACAGUAUUCAUGGAGGCGCAACAUGCGACAUAACAAAGGAAUUCGACGUCGUAGACAUGGCAAUGGAACCUAAGGUCCUGAAGGAGUGGUCUUUUAGCCUCGACAUCCGCAAAAACAACCUUGAAGAACGCCGCUCGACCGCUCUCGACACUACACUUAACAUCACUUGGCAGCGGACUUCUGUCCCCGAUGCCCCAGUCGUGACCUCUUCUCUCCCCAUCCCGCGUAUCCAGAUACCUUCGAGCGAACCACGCGUCUUGGCCUCAGCUAUCCUCUCCCCUAGCGUGGCAUCGCUCGUACACCUCGACUACACACUCGAGAACCCGACGAUGCACUUCCUAACGUUUGAGCUCAACAUGGAGGCCAGCGAAGAGUUCGGCUUCAGUGGGUCCAAGCUACGCACUUUGCAUCUGCUGCCUAUGAGCAGGCAGACUGUACGCUAUACUCUCCUGCCACUGGUCACGGGCGCGUGGAUCACUCCAAACUUGAAGGUUAUGGAUCGCUACUUCAACAAGACGCUCAAGGUACAGGCUACAGAAGGGUUGACUAUGGAUAAGAAAGGUGUGGGGGUUUGGAUACCUGGGGAUGAACGGAGUGCGUCUAAAGCAUAGAAUCACUGGAGUUAUUUUAGAGUGAUGAGACGAUGUUAAGGGUAAUUGAUGUGCACCAAAUGUCCUGAUC